GGCAGGAAGCGGGAGGGUGGCCGCAGGUCCUCGCGAGGCCGAUUUCCUCCCGGGCGGCCCUGGGCGAUCCCUGGACUCGCAGACCCGCCUCGGUCGAGCACGAUCUCUCCCCCCAGCCCGCGUGGCUAAACCCACCCACUUACUUCCUUCGACUGCGUGCACACACACACACACACACACACACACUCACACACACACACACACAGAGUUGCCAAAAAUUUCCAACCUCCGCCCCCCUCCCGAGCUGACUUCCUUCCAGCGCUUCCUGAGCUGGACGAUUCUGGGAUUUGUAAGACAGGAAAAAAAAGGGACGGCGCGAGGGCGAGCGAGGGGGACGGGAUGCUCGCUGGUCGCGGUCCCCCAGCGGUCUGAAGGCAGAGCGCGGGCCUAGGGCGGAGCAGGAGCACACUCACAGCCCCGGGGCGGUCCCCUCGCCGCCGCGCCCCGGCCCCUGCUCCUCGCAAGGCUCAGAGAAGAGCGGGGAGACACCCCGGGAGUCCGAGUAGGGAGGUGACACCCGCUCGGGGCGGUGCACGGCCCGAUCUGCGCGCCCAUGCCGACCCGCGGCGCCGCUCUGCCCCGGUGACCCGACCCCGAAACCCUCGUCAGCGGUGUGGAGCAGAGAGUGGAGACGGAGGGGCAGCCUCUGUGGGACUAACUCAUGAAGAACAAGGGUGCCAAGCAGAAGCUGAAACGAAAGGGAGCCGCCAGUGCGUUUGGAUGUGACCUGACAGAGUAUCUGGAAAGCUCGGGACAGGAUGUUCCACAUGUGCUGAAGAGCUGUGCCGAAUUUAUAGAGACUCACGGCAUUGUGGAUGGGAUCUACCGUCUCUCAGGCGUCACCUCGAACAUCCAGCGGCUAAGGCAAGAGUUCGGCUCAGAUCAAUGUCCAGAUCUGACAAGGGAAGUGUACCUCCAAGACAUCCACUGUGUGGGCUCCCUGUGCAAGCUCUACUUCAGGGAGCUGCCCAACCCCCUCCUGACCUACGAGCUCUAUGAGAAAUUCACGGAAGCAGUAUCGCAUUGCCCGGAAGAAGGCCAGCUGGCCCGAAUUCAGAAUAUUAUCCAGGAGCUGCCCCCACCCCAUUAUAGGACCUUGGAAUACCUGAUUCGACACCUGGCCCACAUCGCUUCAUUCAGCAGCAAGACCAACAUGCACGCCAGGAACCUGGCCCUGGUGUGGGCCCCGAAUCUCCUCAGGUGUAAAAAAAUCGAAGCCACUAUAUACAAUGGAGAUGCAGCCUUUCUGGCAGUCCGGGUCCAGCAGGUGGUGAUUGAAUUCAUACUGAACCAUGCCGAUCAAAUCUUCAACAGUGGUGCUCCAGGGCCUCUGCAGCAGGAUGAAGGCCGUAUCAUCACAAAGAGCAUGACCUUGCCAGCCCUGUCCCUGCCCAUGAAGUUAGUAAGCCUGGAGGAGGCUCAGGCCCGAAGCCUGGCAACAAACCACCCUGCUCGAAAGGAAAGACGAGAGAAUAGCCUGCCUGAGAUUGUCCCUCCCAUGGGCACCCUCUUCCACACAGUUCUUGACUUACCAGACAACAAGAGAAAGCUUUCCAGUAAAUCAAAGAAGUGGAAAUCAAUAUUUAAUCUGGGGCGUUCUGGAUCGGACUCGAAAUCCAAGCUGAGCAGAAAUGGGAGUGUGUUCGUGAGGGGGCAGAGGCUCUCAGUGGAAAAGGCUACUAUCCGACCAGCUAAAAGCAUGGACUCGCUGUGUUCAGUGCCUGUGGAAGGGAAAGAAAGCAAAGGAAAUUUCAAUCGAACAGUCACCACUGGUGGAUUUUUCAUUCCAGCCACAAAAAUGCACACGAGCAGCGCCGGCAGCUCCUGUGAUCUCAGCAAGGAGAGUGAAUGGGGUCAGGAGGGGAUGCCGGCUGGGGCUGAGGGGGGCUGCGAGGUGAGCGGUCAGAUCCGGCCCCUGCCUGAACAGCUCAAAGUGUUCCGCCCCAUCGGGGAUCCUGAGAGCGAGCAGUGUGCCCCGAAGCUUCUGGGGAUGUUCUACACCUCCAGCGACAGUCCUGGCAAAUCUGUCUUCACCAGCAGCUUGUUCCAGAUGGAGCCCUCACCGCGCCACCAGCGAAAGGCGCUCAACAUCUCCGAGCCCUUUGCAGUGUCGGUGCCGCUCCGCGUGUCGGCGGUCAUCAGCACCAACAGCACCCCGUGCAGAACACCCCCCAAAGAGCUGCAGUCUCUCUCCAGCCUAGAAGAGUUCUCUUUCCAAGGUUCAGAAAGCGGGGGAUGGCCAGAAGAGGAGAAGCCCCUGGGCGUUGAGUCCUUUCCAGCUUCUGUGGCUAAGAAGGCAGCUCCCGAGGACUCCAUGCCAGAACCUGAAGGCCUGGGGACAGCAGAAUGUAGCCAAGGCCCUCCCCUGGACCCAGGUACCCAAGUGGAGAAGAAAACUUUGGAAAUAUCCCUGGGCGGUCAACUUUCAAGGGAACCAGAGAAGAGGCCAAAUGCAGAGAAGGUGGCAGAGGAGAGCCAGGGGGCUGAGCAGCUGAAGACAACCGCUCCACAAGAGAGCCUCAGGGCCAGGGCGGAAGCAGCGCUUCUCCAUGAGAUGGAUGAAGAUGACCUAGCUCACACCCUGAUCUGGCCUGAGAUUCAACAGGAACUGAAAAUUAUUGAAUCAGAGGAGGAACUCUCGUCAUUGCCACCCCCUGCUCAGAAGACAAGCCCAAUUACUGAGUCAGGUCCAGCCCCAUUUCCCUUCCCAGAGGCCUCUGGGAGCUUGCCCUGCAGUUCCACACCUCUGGAAGCGUGGACUAGGGACUCAGCCAAUCCAAGCACGCAGGAGGCUGCUAUCCUUGCCAAUAGAGAGAAGCUGGAGCCGGUCUGCAGCCUCCCUGAGUCUGAGUCUAAGCAGGAACUCAGCCCAGACCCGGCCAGUCUAGCACCUCUGCAAAUACUUCUGUUGGAGAAGAUGUCUUCUCCAGCUAGGGUAGAGACGGGAGGCCCAAGAAAUCUCUCUCCACCACUUCCUCCUGCUCCUCCGCCUCCAACUCCCCUGGAGGAGGAGCCUCAAGUCUUGCUGUCAAAGGAAGGCCUUGACAGAGAAGAUGCAUCCACCAAUUCCAAGACAGAUUCUGACGCAGAGCAGCCAAAUUCCAUUUUCAACCCUGGCGUCCCUAGCCCCCAUCAGAGAGAGGAGGCCAUUGCAAGUCCCAGCAAGAAGCAAAAUGCAAAGUCAGCAGCUCCUGAGAGCAAAGGCCCUGAUCUCCCAAGCCCAGCAAAGGAGGUUGAAGUCACCCCACAAGAAGAGGGGGACGCCCCCCAUGCAGCACAAGAGCCUUCAGACUGUGACGAAGAUGACACUGUGACAGACACUGCUCAGCAUGGCCUGGAGAUGGUAGAGCCCUGGGAGGAGCCCCAGUGGGUGACCAGUCCCCUUCAUUCCCCCACCCUGAAAGAAGUGCAGGGGUCCCAGGUGCAGUGCCCCCAGGGCCACCGAUUGGAGAGGAGACUUUGCCACAGGCCCAGCCUUCGCCAGAGCCAUUCUCUGGAUAGCAAAACCACUGGUAAGAGCCACUGGACUCUCGAGGUUCCCUUCUCCAGCAGCUGUGCUAAUCUUGAAACAGAGAGGAAUUAUGAGCCUCUGCAGCCCCCCACAGCCAGAAACAAGAGUGCUGGAUGGGAGGAAAGGGCCCUGAAAGCCUUCAGAGAGUUCUCUGGCCUGAAAGGGUUAGAGGCUCUUCCCAGCCAGAAGGAACCAUCUGGUAUACCACCCAAAGCAGUAGAAACCAACUUCAUCAGUCUGGCAGAAGGAAAGGAGCAGGGACCACAGCUGGAACUCAGCAACCCUCAGAUGAAACACAGUGAUAUCCCUGGGCCAGAAAGCAGUGUGGAGAGUUCACCUAGGGCUAAAGACAGCACCUCACCCGGGGAACACACCCUAAAGUCACAGCCUAAGAGCACGGAGUGUGGACCCUCAAAAGGGAAACACAGGCCUUCUUCCCUCAACUUGGACUCUGCCACGCCCAUCACUGACCUCUUCCGACUUGAGAAUGGGGCUUCAUUUAGUUCACCUGGAAUAGAGCUCUCUGAACUAGGAGACACGAAGGUCACCUGGAUGACCUCCUCUCACUGUAAAGUAGCCCCCGGAAGCUCCCAGGACACCCAGGACCUGGACAUUGUUGCCCAUGCUCUGACAGGCCGCCGGAACUCAGCUCCCGUGAGUGUGUCAGCUGUGAGAACGUCCUUCAUGGUCAAAAUGUGUCAGGCCAAGGCUGUCCCUGUCAUCCCACCCAAGAUUCAGUAUACACAGAUCCCACAGCCCCUGCCCUCUCAGAGUACAGGGGAAGGUGGGACUCAGUCUCCAGAGAGCAACCGUGAACCUGGUUCAACCACGGAGAGCCCUCAGAAACCCACCAAAGAUGAUCCUCCCUCUUCCCUGGAAAGCCCAGAGGAAGAGCAACCAAAGCAAGAGUCAGGAGCCUUUGCAUCCCAGAGGAAGGGCAGCACCGCAUCCUGCACGUGUGAGGGGUCCCUCUGCUCUCUGGAACCAGGAGUAUCCAAUCUGCUCUCCACACAGGAGGAUGCAAUGGUGCCAUGCAGAAAGCGCACAUCAGAGACAGAGCCAUCAGGAGACAACUUCCUUUCUUCAAAACUGGAGCGAGCAUCUGGGGGUUCUAAACCUUUCCACAGGUCAAGGCCAGGAAGACCUCAGAGCCUAAUCUUAUUCCCCAUCAUGGACCACCUACCCUCCUCAUCCACAGUGAUAGAUUCCAAGGUCCUGCUGUCCCCUAUCAGAAGCCCCACUCAGACAGUUUCCCCUGGCCUCCUCUGUGGGGAUUUGGCAGAAAACACAUGGGUCACACCAGAAGGGGUUACGCUUAGGAAUAAAAUGACCAUCCCCAAGAACGGCCAAAGACUAGAGACUUCAACAAGCUGUUUUUACCAGCCCCAGCGGAGAUCCGUGAUUCUGGAUGGAAGAAGUGGGAGGCAAAUAGAAUGAAACCAGUUGACCUGCUGGUGUCCGCAAAAAGUCAGGUUCAUCUGGAAGUUAUUAUAGGGCCAACUGGCCAUUUUCCAGGCACACGUUAUCUAAAUUGGGGCUUAUUUCAGCCUCUGACCACCCCUUCUCCCCCACUUCCCCGCCUCUCUCUUUGUCUUUGACCAUGCAUGAGUCCAUUUGCCAGAAGAGUGGUCAAGACAAGGACCAAACAGUGAGAUUUAAGUAAGUCCGCAGGAGCAAGUUGGGAAGGUUAGGCAAGGGAAGAGAAUGGAAUGCUUGCCUCCAAUGGAAAUUGGGGCCCAUCUGUAAGACACAUAAUUCCUCCGUUACCAUUAUCUAUUACUGUCAAGAACUGGCUGUGUUAGUAUCCCUUGAAAGAAAGAAGGAAAAAUCCUUUGCCUGAGUCAGAAAAAAUCUUCCUGUUUUGAUGGAAGGCUUCUUCGUGCUUUUUGUUAUGCUCUGUAUAGCAUGUGUUCUUUUAGACCAGUUUUCUAAUAAGCUCUGUAAAAGUGUAUUACCCCCAAAUAGAAGCAGAUCUGAAAAUGCAAACUAACCUGCACCUAAGAUAUCCAGGUGGGGGAACUUCCUUGUGUUCUUUCCCUGGGGUUGCUGCAAACCUGUCCGAGGUGAUCCAUGAACCACGUAGAAAAUCAGAAUCAGUACUCAAGAGCAAAGCUCCAGAUAGGCACCAUCCACGAACCCUUCCUAUUGCUGACUUCGUUGUGACUCCACCUGCCACUGUGCUGAGCUCUGAUUAACAAAUCCAUCAGCUAGGCACACUAAGGGCUGUGCUAGGACUGGGAAAUCAUAUAGGUAUGCAGGAGUGACGUGUUGUGCUUCCUUAAUAGUACCAGAAUCCAAGUGCCACAUGUCCUACAGAAAAGGCGCACAGAAAGGUACUUCAUUAUAGACCUGAUGUGUUUAAGUUGGCCGGGCAUUAGGGAGAAACAUUCCAGCUCAGCUUCACUCUCCAUCACUAGGCUGUCUGGGCCUAGCAGGACAGGAGAAGAGGCAAUGAGGAGCCCCAGCAGAGUUGCUGUCACUGUCAUUCGCUGUCCUCAAAGAGGCACUGCCUUUAGCCAAUGGCUCCUUUCCUUUCUCCUUCUCUCACCAUUGCUCAAGGGCAGAUUUGAGAAACUCUGUGUCUUAAUCCCCCCUGUCCAUCUAAGCCCUCAGACUUGCUCUUUGACACUGUCUAGACACAAGCAGAUGCAACAGACCAAUGUGUUCCAUUAUCCCUGCUGGAAGAUUUCUGGUGCUUCCCUUCAAAGACUUAACGGGGCACUUCAGAAUCCAGCCUGGCUGGUCUGUUCAGAGCUCAGCCAUCGCACAAGUUUCUCUAAAGACUACCCGUACCUCUGGGCUGACCCCACUGUCAGAGUCAGUCCUGGACUGGGUAGGAGCUAAGCUGAAGUCAACUGCAAUGGGAGUGUGGGAGCAGAUGCAUGAUCACAGAUUCCAUGCCUUCUUGCCCCCCCUGGUUAACCUUUGAAAUCCUGAGCUAUUCCUUUUAAGCCAGGGCCUGGGGCAAGGAUAACUAGUGAGUCAACUAAUGAGAGCGAGAGAGUCCCUGUGAGAGAGCAAGGGAAGCAGUUAAUAGGUCUUCAGCCCUUGCUCUCCCAUUAAGCGAGGAAAGCAUUGAACCAACAGCCACUGAGAUGUCAGCCCACUCAAAGUCUUAGGACACAGCAUGUCCCCCUAGUCACGAAAGGUGAAGAAAUAGGGUGUGGAGAGAUGAGAAAGGCCUUGUUCGGAAGAUUAGAAGAGUGCACUCUUGGCAGCUUCAGUGUACUUAUGGUGAGCUUUGAUAGAGUUGUUCUGGUUAGAAUGCAAGAGGAAAAGGGCUAGGCACCGAAACACUGAAACUUCUUAAUGAUUGCUUGAGAUUUUCUAGUACUUCUAGGAUGUGUUUGUAUUGACAGGUAGACAAAGAAGCCAUCAUUUACACAGUGACGAAUGACUUCAAUUCUGAGGGCUGAUUUCUAAAAUGACUGCUGUGCUCCUUUAGAUACCAUUCAUUUAUGACAUCCUCUGGGAGAAUGGGCAUGUGAGUGUCUCCAUGACCCACUGACACCUGUUUGGAAAUAUUCCUUACUCCAAGUUUUCUUAGCCAGUCAAUUCCAGACGGGCUUGGAGGCUUUACCAUCUCAGUGUCCUGCUCCAUAAGUGUGAUCCUCUUUUUUGAUGGUCUUACAGACUAUCAACUGUCACCCACAUAUUCAUAAAUUUUGUGGGCUGGAUGAGCCUGACAUUAAUGAAACCCCAUUCCACAGCAAAGAAAUUGUCCCUCAAGAUGCUCUGGGGUCACAUUUUGGCCACUAGCUGGGACUCUCAUAUGGGACCCUGAGAAUGGCCAGGUGGGCUCUAGGAGAAGUGCCACUGUUGUCAGGACCUGCUGAUAUGCCCAAAAGAGCAGGAGAGUCACUCAGAGCAAAUGCCGGUCCUCAACCUGGGAUGGCUCAUUUUAAAGACUGAAGCAAAAUGCAUACAUGAACCCUUUUUGGCAUAUUACUGUUGCUUAACACAAUAAUCCAUAUUUAUUUACAAAAUAGCCCUCCCGGGACUUUCUUCCCCCUUUUUGCCACAGUGGAAUGGAGAAAGAGCAUUCAAUUUUUAUUCUCUAUUUUUAGAAUAUGAAAAGAUCUGACCAAGAUGUCAUUAUAAAAAAUACUAUUAGUGGACUGGAGGGAUAGCUCAGCCGUUACAGGCUAGGCUCACGACCAAAAAAAAUAUAGUAUAUAUACUAUUAGCUUAAUCUAAGCCUUGAAAUUCAAAGUCAUGCCCAAAUUAAAAUUCUGGAUUCUUGAGACACUAAGAAUAUGUCAGCAUCCUCAUCAAGUACUUAUCAAAUGCUUGGUAACAAGGCCCUAGUUACCUUAGCACUCCUACUUUGUUGAGGAGUCUAACAAAGAAGUAAGGAGGGGAUGCUGGCAAAUCAAACAGCCUGAAACAACUAGGAGCAGGGUGAGGACCACCAUUAGAUGCCAAGAAAAGGCAGAAAGCAGCAACCAGCACCUUUCAGUAGGAAUGAUAAUAGUAUUCAAACGACCUACUAAUUUUAAAUAAUCUAAUUAAGCAGAAUUGCAAAUCCAAUAAAAUGUACCAGUAAGACACUUGGGUGUUGAGAACUUUGUUUUUAAAGGUCAAAGUGAAAAAUGAGUAAGUUUUUCUGAUAGUUUGCAUGAUCCUCAUUUUUUGUAAGGUCUAACUGUUGGAUGUCUACUUAUAAACCAAGUAGGAUCAGAUUCCAUACACCUUUAGAAAGGAUUUGAGAGAUUUUGAUCACCAAAAGAUGAGUUCAUUUCUGCUAUUAAUGAGGUCACAGAUAGGUCCAAGACAAACGGUUAAUUUCAUGUAGUGUUCAGCACACAGCCAUCACAUUUGGCUGAAGUUAGGUUAGUAGAUUACCUUGUGUUCCUACCUUAAGAAGUUCUGAAGAAUAUAAGAUUUGUUUGUCUAGGAUUGGAAGUGGAAGAAGUUCCUGCUUAUAUAGAUAAGGACUACCUUCUAUCACAGCUGGUCCUACUUGAUGACAACAUGCAUCUUGGGAUUUGCUGGCCAAGAGUAUGAUUUCAGGCAUGACAAGGAGGAAGGUCAGCUCAAAAUGUGUAAUGAUAAAGAAAGUGCCCUCCUUUCCUAGCCAAACAGAGCUGGAAGAGGGAAUAAAUGCACCUUGCUAGGCAAGAGGAGAGAGAUAGCAAAGGGUGAUUGGCUGAGAAGACCAGCACCAGUCCAGGCAGAAUAAAAUGAUUGGCACACAGAUCACUUAGCUUGAGGUACAUGAGUAAUGCAGAGAUUGGUUCUCAAUGUGGGUCAAAAAAGAGGUGGCUAAUGUAAGAAGCUAUGAAUCCAGUCGUGUGCAUCACUGGAUGAACUGCAAUGCUUUGAACUGACAUAAUGCCAUUGUACUUUCUAGCUUAUAAUUCUGCAAAGUAAAGCACUUUUUUUUCAGAGAACCCUAUUGGCAGCCAUCUGAUUGAUUCCAAGCUGUUUUUGAAUUCUACAAAUGUUUCCAAAGAUAUAAUCAAAAUGUUUUCUAUUCAUUAAAAAAUAUAUUAAACAUACCCAUAGAAAAAUUUAAGUGUAAUUAAGAGAUUGUUGUUUUAAAAUGUACUCUAAUAAAUCAUAUAAAAUUUAA